AUGAAUCAUCAGUGUCAAGUAUCAGAUGAAGAAGAUGGAUCAGAAGAGGAAGAAGAGGAGGAAGAGGAAGUUUUUCAAGAAAAUGACAUUGGAAACCUUCAAAGUCACUACCAAAACCAGCAGAUGCCACAGUCAGUCUACAAAAAGCAAGAAAAAUGGGCUAAUUUCACAGUAAGCGAACAAGAAUUGAACAAAGGGACAAGAAGAAUGAAGCCAAAGAGAGCUAAAACAGAUGUUAUAGAAGGCCAUGGAGGCCGAAUUAUUCGAGCCACGGGAAGGAAAGACAGACACAGUAAGGUUUCAACUGCAAAAGAUCCGAAGGAUCUACGAGUUAGGCUUUCACCAAACACUGCAAUUCAGUUCUAUGAUGUGCAAGAUAGACUUGGGUAUGACCGUCCAAGUAAGGCUAUUGAUUGGCUGAUUAUAGAAGCUAAAGCUGCAAUUGAUGCUCUUGGUGAGUUCCCUAAUAAUUUUCACUCUACUAAACUAAAUCCCAAAAAAAUGCAGUAUUCAUUUGAUCAAGAACAGAGUCCAGAAUUUAGCCAAGAAAAUAGAGGUGUUCCCAAAUCUGAAUAUGGAGUUCAAGAAAAACAGCAAGAGGUGAAUUAUGACAUCCCAAACUUGUUUUCACUCAACUAG